CUGAGCCAAAUCAUGAAAGUUGAAAUCGUUUCUAGAGAAGACAUUAGGCCUUCUUCUCCCACGCCCUCUCACCUCAGGGACUUCAAACUUUCCCUUUUGGAUCAUCUUAUUUCAUCCCCAUAUGCUCCCAUAAUCCUAUUCUAUGACUCAAGUAGCCUUUCUCAAGGCUCCAACAAGUUACAAUUGCUGAAGCAAUCUUUAUCUGAGACACUAACCAAGUUCUACCCACUGGGUGGCAGGAUCAAAGAUGACCUGACCAUUGAGUGUAAUGAUAACGGGGCUAAUUUUGUGGAAGCCAAAGUGAACUGUCCACUUUCUAUAUUUCUAGGCCAGCCUCAGCUGAACUUGCUGCACAAGUUUCUUCCUAUUGAACUUUUUUCUCAAGAAUCAAAUUCAGAAAACUAUGUGACUCACAUUCAAGUUAACUUCUUUGAAUGUGGGGGAAUUGCUAUAGGCAUGUGCAUUUCUCACAGGAUUGUUGAUGGGGCUGCCAUGAGCACCUUCCUGAAAGAGUGGUCAUGCAGGGCUAGGGGUUGCAAUUGCAACCAAUUACCCCAACCCAAUUUCAUAGGAUAUUCUCUCUUCCCUACAAAAAGUUUAUGGCUUAGAGACUUAGCAAUGAGUACAUGGGCUUCUUUAUUCAAGCAAGGCAAGUGGGUCACCAAAAGGUUUCUGUUCAGAAACUCAGAUAUUGCCCUCCUCAAGGCUCAAAUAUCAGAUUCGGCAAUACAACACCCUACACGUGUAGAGAUAGUUUCUACAAUCUUGUGGAAGUUUCUCAUGGCAAAGAGACCUUCCUUGGUGACCCACUUGGUGAACCUGCGCAGGAGAAUAGAUGAAGCUCUUUCUCCACAGCAUGCCAUGGGAAACCUUCUUUGGCCCGUGGCUGCGGAGCACAUGAGUGAUCAUGAGACGGAUUUGGAAGGGUUGGUGGCUAAGUUGAGGAAUGCAAUAUCAAAAGUCGAUGAUAAAUUUGUUAAGGAAUUGCAAGGCGAUAACGGAAGGUCCAUUAUGCAAGAUUCUCUAAGAGGAAUAGGUGAGACAGGAUCCAAGAAUGAAGUAGAGUAUUUUGCGUUCAGCAGCUGGUGCAAUUUUGAGUUCUAUGAGGCUGAUUUCGGGUGGGGAAAACCCACAUGGGUGACUUGUGUUGCUGCAACAGGUUCAGUGUAUAUGAAUCUUAUUAUGCUGGUUGAUACCAGGCUGCGAGAUGGCAUAGAAGCUUGGGUUACGUUGGUUGAGCAGGACAUGACUACUUUGAUAGCAAACACUGAACUCCUCAAGUAUGCAACCCUGGAUCCAAGCCCUUUAGCAAUGAGUUCAAUAGAAAACAUUAGAACUAUCUAAUAUAGGCAUAGCAAUCAUUUUGAGUUUAGUAAUUGGAUUUCAUGAAAUUUAUAGAAAAUCAAAAUCAAAACAAAACAAGUUUAUCCUUGAAUUUAUACUUGUAUAAUACUAUAAGGUCUUGGUGAAAAU